CCCGGCUGGAAGCACUGAACUGUUCGUCCUGCUGCGUUGGUGCUUUUUCUCCGGAGUAGAAAAACAACCACCUGGACGUCUCCGCUGAGCAUCUACUACGAAGAGGUUUCCAAGAUGGGAGAAGGACAAGGAUCAACGCAGCCUCCAGAAAAUCUGAAUCGACUUUCUCGACUGAAUAUUUCAUGUUUGUUCAUACUUUGUCCAUGGGUUGAACGCGAUAAGAAAUCAAUGCCGAUAGACUUGGCAGAGUUUAAGGAACUGGAUGCCUACGCACAGAAGGUGAAUGUCAAGGAUAGCGUGGAAAACCUGGUGAGCGUCUUGCUCCAAAAAGCCCACAGUGACCUGGAGAAAGUCCGAGCCAUUUGGGUGUGGAUUUGCCAUCAUAUUGAAUAUGAUGAGGAAGGCUGCCGUGACAGAGAGAAGCUGGCUUUAAAGCCAACCGAUGUCCUUCGGUCAGGAAAGACUAUUUGUUCUGGAUAUUCUCUACUCUUUGCAAAGAUGUGCAGUCUUGCAGGGAUACGGUGUAGGUAUUUGGUUGGCAGAACAAGGAACAUGAAGAGGCACGCCUGGAAUGCUGUUUAUCUUGAUGGAAAGUGGCAUCUUCUGGACUGCACAUGGGGAAGAUGCGGGAUCCUUGGCAGAUGCAACGACUACUACUUCCUUACGCAUCCUGUUCUGUUUGUUGAGAAUCACCUCCCGGAUGACCCCAAGUGGCUGCUUCUCAAACAGAUAAUGAUGUGUGCAGCAGUUGCAUUUAUUUCCAAAAGAAAGGCGCAAAAUUAAGUACAGUGGACGCUUGGGUUGCAGACGUGAUCUGUGCGGGAUGCACGUUCGCAACCCGCAUCACUCGCAACCCGCCUCUGCGCAUGCAC